AGGACGCCGGCGGCCGGUGGCCACCGUGGCUACGGCCUCUGCUCUCGACGAGCUUCUUCGUUCAAUGCAAGCUCCAUGCUGAUGCUCACAAGAGCGAGUGCAACAUGUAUUGUCUUGACUGUAUGAACGGCGCUCUCUGCUCUCUCUGCCUCGCGUACCACCGCGACCACCGCGCUAUCCAGAUUAGGAGAUCAUCAUAUCACGAUGUGAUUAGAGUUUCCGAGAUACAAAAAGUACUGGACAUCAGCGGCGUGCAGACUUACAUAAUCAACAGCGCUCGCGUCGUCUUCCUCAACGAACGGCCGCAGCCGAGGCCAGGAAAAGGGGUCACCAACACCUGCGAGGUUUGCGAGCGGAGCCUCCUCGACUGCUUUCGCUUCUGUUCUCUCGGCUGCAAGAUUGUUGGGACAUCAAAUGAAACCGGAGUCAAGAAACAGGGGAAGAAGAACAGAAAGGCAGCAGGAUCGGAUUCGGAUGAGUCCUAUUCGAGCACAGUUGUGCAGAGCUUUACACCUUCGACGCCGCCGCCCACUGCAUUCAGCUACCGCACGGCGAAGAGAAGGAAGGGGAUUCCGCACCGCGCCCCCUUUAGCAGCCUCAUCAUGGAGUACUAAUGGCUUCGAUUAUUCGAAUCAAGAAGCCUCCUUUCUCUCUCGUUUAGGUGUGUAUAGUCUAUAUAUCUAUAUAUAUAGUUUAAAUGAACGCAUAAUAAGAUCUCCGAUUACUUGGCACGCUGCGCUUCUGCUUGCGGAGGCCGGUGCUGGGUUUCCUCCCUAGAUAAAAGGAGGAGCAGGAGAUUGGCAAGCUCAGUUAAGCUCGCUGCAUUUACAGGAACAAUGUUGUGAAGUGAAGGUUUUUAUUAGUAAAACUGUUAGUAUAUGCUUUGUUAUAGACUUAAUCCUUUGUCUAAAUGUAUAUACGAAGUUAGCAGAAGAGAUUAGAAAUGAGAGAGAAUUGUGUGACUAUAGUUGGGAAUGGAAUAAUAUUAGUAAGAAUGAAAUGCUUUUAACUUUA